AUGCUUUAUCAAAAGAAGCCCAUCAACCAGAAGUUGAACAAAAUGAUCCCUCUUCCAAACGUGAUCGCGUGGAAAGUGAAUCCAGCCGACGUGUUGCAUCGUGGACGUGUCAUGUGCAUGUUCCGAACGAAACGAACAUUUCUUCCCGAUGAUAUUUCUUCUCUGAACAUGAGAAUGACAACGGUGACACGGAAUGGUGACAUGAUUGUCUAUGAUACAAAGGAUCGUGGUCUGAUCAUCAAUCUUCGAGAUGCCACAGAUGUUCUCACAGAGUGUGACAAGUACAAGUCUAAGAAGGUCAAAUAUUCCCGUAGCCACAUCAAAAUCCGUAUGCCACGUGGAAACAUUCACUUGUUUGUCCGCGACGAAGCCAUCUAUAAAUGGUCUGCAGCCAUCCUCGAAGCGCACGUUUAUUGCCGUCCGAAACCAUUUGUAUUGAUCAGAAAAGAGAUUCAACCGCAUCAGGAACCAGUGACUGCAAUCGAGAAGGCUCCAGAAUCUCCAACAUCUCCAAUGACGUCUUCUAAUAGUGGACUGAUUACUGUAAUUGAGAAACGAUCGACUUCAGAAGACACUUUGAUCCCGUCAGUUCGUCGUGGUGCUGUUCCAGUUGGCACGCUUCGAUGCAAGAUUGAGAAGGAAAUUGAGAAGAAUCCAAAGGUUGAAAUGCUCCCAGAGCCAACGACGUCUCAACAGAAGCCUUCUCAGUCGACGUCAUCUGAACAGAAGCACUUUACUUCAUUCUUUGUUCUUCACGAAGGAGGAAUUCGUACUCAAGGAAUUCCAGUUCAAGUGAAAACUGAACCAUUGGAUGAUAAUCAGAAGACGUUUCUGAAUCUCGAAAGACCCGAAGAGGAAUCAAAAGGAUCAGCGAAGAAGGAGUGGUGGAUGCGUUCUCUGAAAUGCUAA